UGGCAGUUUGCUGAACGCGACCACGUCUUUUUCAUCGGGUGCGAAGCAGCAGAGCAGACACGCACAGUGUGCGGCUGCUGAAGUUUCUCAAUCAUGGUUUUGUUGCACGUGCUAUUCGAGCAUGCGGCGGGCUACGCGCUAUUCGCCGUCAAAGAGGUGGAGGAGAUCGGCAUGCUGCUACCUCAGGUCGAGGAGAGCGUGCUGAGCAUUGGAAAGUUCAACAGCAUGGUGAGCUUGGCUGCCUUCUUCCCCUUCAGGUCAGCCCAGGCUGCCCUGGAGAACAUGAAUGCCAUUUCUGAAGGGGUGGUUCAUGCUGAUCUCAAGUUGUUCCUGGAGACAAACCUCCCCCUAUCUGGGAAAAAGAAGGCUGUGUUGGGGGUUUCUGAUGCCAAGAUUGGGGCCUCUUUACAAGAAGAAUUUACUAUUUCUAUCCAGACUGGAGGUGUAGUGGCUGAAAUAACCAGAGGUGUGCGUCUGCACUUCCACUCCCUGGUGAAGGGUCUGACUGCCCAGGCUGCCUCCAAGGCACAGCUGGGUCUUGGUCACAGCUACUCCAGAGCGAAAGUCAAGUUUAAUGUCAACAGGGCAGACAACAUGAUCAUCCAGUCAAUUGCGCUGUUGGAUCAGCUUGACAAAGACAUUAAUACUUUCUCCAUGCGUGUUCGUGAAUGGUAUGGCUACCACUUCCCAGAGCUUAUCAAAAUUGUGUCAGAUAACUCUAUGUACUGCCGCCUGGCUCAGCUCAUUGGCAACAGAAAGGAGCUGUCAGAGGAGAAUCUGGAGAGCUUAGAAGAGGUGGUGAUGGACGGUGCCAAGGCUCAGGCCAUCUUGGAGGCGUCACGCUCCUCUAUGGGUAUGGAUAUUUCCCCCAUUGACCUGAUCAACAUAGAGAGGUUCUCCAAUCGUGUGGUGUCUCUGGCUGCCUACCGGCUGGAGCUGCAAGAGUACCUGCGUUCUAAGAUGAGCCAGGUGGCACCAAACCUGGCAGCCUUAAUUGGAGAAGUGGUUGGAGCUCGUCUGAUUUCUCAUGCUGGAAGCUUAACCAACCUGGCCAAGUACCCCGCAUCCACCGUCCAAAUCCUGGGAGCAGAAAAGGCCCUGUUCAGAGCCCUGAAGACACGUGGCAACACCCCAAAGUAUGGUCUCAUCUUUCACUCGACCUUUAUUGGCCGUGCAGCUGCCAAGAAUAAAGGCCGUAUCUCCAGAUAUCUGGCAAACAAGUGCACCAUCGCCUCGCGUAUAGAUUGUUUCUCCGAGGUGCCCACGAGUGUGUUUGGUGACAAGCUGCGUGAACAGGUGGAGGAGCGACUGUCUUUCUACGAGACGGGCGAGGUACCUCGGAAAAAUGUGGACGUCAUGAAGGAGGCUGUAAAAGAGGCUUCAGACGUUACAGCUGAGAUCAAACGCAAACUAGAGAAGAAAGAAAAGAAACGCAAGAAGAAAGAGAAGAAGCUGCAGGAACUCGAAGCAAAUGGAGAAACAAACGGUGAAGCUGAGGUUGAGAAUGAAGAAGAGACAACAGCUCUGAAGAAGAAGAAAAAGAAGAAACAAGCAGCUGAGGAGAUGGAGGUCCAGGAACAAGAGGCGGCUGCUGCAGAGAACGGGGCAGAGGAGAUUUCAGCCAAGAAGAAGAAGAAACGAAAAUCUGAGGUGGAGGAGGCCCCAGCAGAGGAAGCAACAGAUAACGGAACAGAACAGACAGAUACUCCAGCUAAGAAGAAAAAGAAAAAUGCUGAGGCAGCAGAAGAAACUCCACAAACGGCUGUAUCUGACAAGAAGAAGAAAAAGAAAAAGGCUGCAGAUUAGAAACUGGGCAGAGACUGAAUCUUUAUUUGUGUACAGUUUUAUUUUUACUUAUCCAAGGCUAGUUUAUGUUAGCUGCUUUAUGUCUUACUGUCCUGCCACCUCAGAGUAGGUCAAAUGGUUAAUCCUUAUAACUGUGCCUUGAAAUCUGUUUAAAUUUUGUAAAUAAACUCUUGAUGCAUUAA